AUGGCGCGCUUGGAUCUAGGUUUCAUGGUCCCCAUCCUCUCCAGCCUCCUCUUGCUCCACCAUGGACGAACGUCGAGGGCGGCGCCCGAGCGGAGUACGGCGAGGAGGAGGGCGACGCCCGAGUGGAUGACGGCGAGGAGGAACGAGGGGCGAUGUGAAGAAGAGCAUCGACGUCGCUGUUCUCGUGAAGAAGUGUCAUCAGAAUUUAUAUUGGAAGAUGGCAACUGCAAUGGGAAAAGAACAAGAAUAUCUAGUGAUGCUGGCCAUGGCAUGACGGCUGCUGAUCCUUCUGAAAGGAUCCAGAUACGAAGUAUAGUUGCUGUCGAGAGGAAGUUCUAUUUUGAUAUGUCCCCAUCGAAACUUGGAGUUCUCGAGUUCCAUCCAGAGCCAACAUUUACCACACUAGAAUUUGAGAGGUUGCCCAUUGCAGAGUACUGUUGGGAAUCCUCGUCCCCUCAUCUGGUUGAAUCCCGUGGAAGGCUCUUUCUAGCUGUUCGGGCUCGAGGUCAUCAUCUGUACAAGAUGGAUUUCUCGAGACUUGCAUGGUCCACGGUGGAUGGUCUCUAUGACCAGGUAUUCUUCUUGUGUAGACUACAUUUCACAGCAUCAUAUUCUGCUUGGGAGCUUGGCUUGAAGCAAGGGAACAUAUAUUUCCUAGCGCAUGGUGAGGAUGGUGUGGUUCAACUGACGAAUGUUUUCUUCCCUGGAGACAAACAUAUGCCCGGCUCCACUUACUGUCCUAGGACCAUCGAUGAUUUGCCGGCUUCAUUGCUGGGUAUACACAGUGUGCUCACUAAAGCUUGUGGUUUUGCCAUCGGAAGUAGUUAG